UGAAGCAGUGUUUGAGUUAGUGUUGCUGUUAGUAGAUUCCGUCCUUGCCCUGGCGAACUGUUCGACGCCAUGCCGCCACGGAUAUUCUCGAGAGACAUGGAGGUCAACUUCAUCAACAUCUGCCACAUGGUGUUCGAGGUGAGCGGCGGACAAUCGCGGACUCGAGAUCAUAAGCUGCAAAUCGCGUGCACGCUAAUGAACGACAUGUGCAAGGAGAGAAAUUGGCCCAGACUCUCGCUGGUCAACUGCAGGCACAAGCUGGACUCGCUGAGGAAGAAGGCGAAGCACCUGUACGCCGCUAUGAGAAUUGGAAGCCAAUCAGGAAAAUGCGUCGUCGACCCUGAAGAAGUGAAGGAGGCGGUUUCAAAGUGGGACAACUUUGCUCUGUGGAACUCCUGCUUCUUGAACAGCCCACACCUCGGUGCAAGACUAGCGCUGAAUGGAGCCUCGCCACCGCCAGUUUCUUCGCCUCCUCCGUCUCCGCAGCAGCAUUCUGCUCCUUUGUUUACCAUUGACUUGGACCAGGAAUGUGCCCUGCCGGCGUUUUCUCAUUCAGCCGCCAGCUCAUCACAGUGUUCAACCUCGGCGUUACAUUCGGCGUCCGUGUCGCGAUCAGUCCUGGCACCGCGCUCUGCAUCCACCCUGGUCACACGGUCCGCUUCAACCGCGGCACAGCGCUCGGCUUCACCUGCCUUGCCACGGUCUGCUGCGCGAAGCUCUGCUUCAGCCUCGGUGACACAUCCUGCAACGACCGCCGUACUGUAUCCUGCUUCAACUCCUGCGCCGCUAUCUGCUUCAACCCCACGCUGUGGUUCAUGCUCAGAAACCCUGCCGUCUGCCUCAGCGUCAGUGUCCUAUUCAGCUCCAAGUCAGAGUCUCCUUGGACGCAGCAUGACCGGUCAUCUAGCUGAACUAGGACCUUUUGACGGCGCUGACGUGGACAAUGACCGUGACCAGGUUCAGAGCGUUUAUGAUGAGAACUAUGAUAACGAUGAUGAUGGCGGUGGAGACAGUGCAGCGGACAUGGUCCCCAUACCGACAAUGCAGUGCCCAACCGCACAGCAUCAAAGCUUCUCGCAGCCGAUCAACGAACAAGGAACAGUAACAGCAAACCAGACGACACCGGCGACAAGAUUCGAGCAGCAGAUUGUGCGAAGCACUCCGACAGAAGCCAACUUUGCUAUCCGUCAACUGGAACUUGAGUUCGAGGAGCGAAGAGGCCGGGAUCAGAGGAAAUGGACUGAAGAAAUGGAGCAGCGGCGUAGGGAACACGAGGCACGUUUGGAAAGAGAAAGAGAGGAUCGGCAAGAUAGACGACUGCAAGAACGAGAAGAGCGUGAAGAGAGAAGACGUAAAGCGAGAGAGGAUCGGGAAGAUAGAAGACUUCAAGAACGCGAGGAUCGUGAGGAUCGACGAGCAAGAGCACGCAUUGAGCACGAGUCUCAGCUGAGAAGACAGGAGGUGGAACACGGCGCUCAGAUCUCUCAGCGAUGUGGCAACGAGAGAGCGAAUGCGAGUGGUGAUGCUGGUAGCAGCUAGGUAUGUGUGUGUGGGUGGGUGCGCGCACACGCGUGUGUGCAUGUGUUCGCUCUCUCCCCUCUUCUGGGGAAGCCCACGUGACCAGUUUUGGCAGUGAGCAAGUACAAGCAAGUACAAGUGUGUGUAUGCAUGUGUGUGUGUGUGUGUGUGUGUGUGUGUGUGUGUGUGUGUGUGUGUGCGUGUGUGUUUUAAACGUUCUAUGAUACGUGCAGGAUUUGCCUUGAACGGUUGGUAUUAUGCAUGUGUGUAAGGGAAGUGUUUUUGUUCUUGUUAAGGUUGGUGUUUCUCUUAGAACUGCUCUGAGAUGUAGCUGGAGUGCCGGGUGGAAGGAUGUUUUUUUUUUGUGGUGCCAAAGUGAAGUUCACACGUUCACGUCACCGCAUGUUGUACAUUUGAGUUGAGAAACGCAACAAGCUUACUUAUGCAUGAUGUUUCGCUUGUGUAAGGUCACCACCUUGCAUGCUGUGCUUCUGUGUACGUAUGGGCAAGUUGUUGUUGCUGUUGACUUUUUUUCACUUCACCAAUUGCACAGGCAUGUUUGCCUUCUCACCGUCCCGUAGGUCGGGUUCUCACAGAAAGAUGAAGGAAAUUAUAUGAAAAAAUGUAUAGAAAUGGAACAAGUGAUGCCAGAUACAAUAUUGCAUGUGCUGUACAUAUCGGGCAUCAUUCACCCACUGCCGUACACAGAGAUUUCUAUGACUUGUGCACUUGCAUGUGCAGUCUUACAUGUGCAGUCUUCCGAUAUAACGAACACCAAUGCUCCCACUAUGCAUUUUUUUUUGUCUUUGCCUGUGAGCUGUGAUCAUUGUAAAAAAAUCAUGAUUGUGCAGGAGAAUUAGUUCUUUAUAGCCGAAGUUUGUUGUAACAGAAAUGCACUCACACUAUACAAGCAGCAAGUCAUGACUGGCAAGUGGCCCAUGACAGUAUGAGUGCACUUGGUAUACAUGCCGCCCAGGCCCCUACCAUAUUUGAUUCGUUAUAAUACCACCGAAGUCGCAA